AUGGUCAAAGCCAUCGCUGUCAGCGCCGUCCUGACCCUGGCUGCUGCUUCGACGGACCCGUUCCAUUGGGGGCCUUGUGCGGGAAACCCGGAUCUCCGCACGCAGUGCGGCUACCUCACCGUACCCCUCGAUCAUCUCAACGCGACCAACGAGGCCACCAUCGACAUUGUCGUCCAGCGCUAUCAGUCAACUGCGGCCAAACCGCUCGGUACGAUUCUUCUCAACCCCGGUGGUCCCGGCGCGUCUGGCACGGCCCUGGGGUCGCCAGUGGCCACCUUCCUCACGGGCGGCCACGUGUACGACCAAGCUAUGGCGCGCUGCCGCCACUACGACGGCGACUACCUCCCGUACCUCUCGACGGCGUUUGUGGCACGCGAUAUGGACCUCAUUCGCGCGGCACUGGGCCAAGAUCACAUGCACUAUUUUGGCUUCUCCUACGGCACGGUACUCGGCGCGACGUACGCCAAUCUGUUUCCGCAUCGCGUCGGUCGCUUCGUCAUCGACUCGGUCGUCGACGCGACCAAGUAUUCGAUUGCAAGCGCAUCGUUUUGGGCAGCUACGAUCGCCAGCAUCGAAGACGUUUUGGAUGGUUUUGCGGCCGAGUGCGAAGCCGCGGGGCCGCUAGUCUGUCCUCUCGCUGGCCAUGGCACGCCACUCGGGCCGCGUCUGCGGUCGUUUAUCCAAAAUUUUACUCCUAAAGUCGUCCGUGGUGGGUACGACGUCGUCCAGUUUACGUCCACGGACCUGUACACACUUCUCUUGGGCCCCAUGUACCAGCCAGCGAUGUGGCCCAAGCUCGCGAUCGACUUGCACCAGCUCAUGCAAGGCACGUACAUGGCACCACCAGCAAGUGAUGUGUGUCCGUCGCAGCUCGAGGCGCGCGAUCUCGGUUUGAACGGGAUUCCAUUCAUGGGCAACGACAUCGAUCCGACGACCAACACGGCGCAGAGCUGGGCCGACGGUCUUCGCGCUGCCCAGAAAAUCUCGCCUAUCUUUGGUGGGCCGUGGCUCGGGACCCUUAUGCUGAUCAAGUACUGGAAGACGACACCGAUCGAGCGGUUUGCGGGUCCUUGGAACAAAACUCUGGCCAACAAGAUUUUGAUUCUCAACAACGUCCACGACCCGGUGACACCCUUGGUCGCUGCUGAGCACAUGCACAACGUCUUUGGCGCCAACAACUCGGUCUUGGUGGUGCGCGAAGGCUACGGCCACAUUGCGUCUACGUCGCAGCCCAGUGCGUGCAUUCACGGCCUUGUCACCGCGUACUUUUCCCAUGGCGUCCUUCCGACAACAACAUUUUGCAAGGUGGACCGCGGACCGUUUGCAGCGCCGUCCACGCACUCGACCAUUGCCCUUGCCGCGCAAGAGCUGUCGACGAUCGUUCACAAGGCGCAUCCUGGUCACAAGCUCAUGAGACUCUAA